CGCCCUGGCAGAGGCCAGGAACAGUCAGCAACCAGCAGGCAUCUGUUGUUCACAGAGUUAUGGGUGACAUGAAGACACCAGAUUUUGAUGACCUCCUGGCAGCAUUUGAUAUUCCAGACAUUGAUGCUAAAGAGGCAAUUCAGUCUCACACGAGGGAACCUGAUGGCAAUCACAGCGAAUCCGGUGGUGGUGGAAAGGAGAGAAGUGGAGCUCAGAGACCCACCGCAACUUCAGAGGUCUGUGAAAGUGCUCCUCUAGCUUCUCACGAUCCAUCUGCGGUCAGUGUUAUAGUGAAGAACAGUGUGCCUUCCGAUGCAUAUGUGAGCGAGGAAGAGGAGCAGGAGCGGGAACAGGACAUGGCAGGGCAGGUAAGUGAUGUCCUGGACGGGGCAAACAGAAGUGGAGGUGGGGCUGUGCUGUCUCACCAGCUUGGACCCAGAGAACACAGCCUGUCACCAUCUGACUCUCUUAUCCAUAAUGGAUUCAGCGCUGCCUCAGAUAGUCUUGCGGAACCGUCCCUGCACUCCAGUCAACCUCUGAUGCAGCCCAAUGGCCAGCUGUGGUCCCCAUGCUCCCCUAAAACGGCCAGUGAAGGUGAUGAGAGCAACCACGAUGGCAGUCCCUCUAGUCACUCUGUGAUCUUUCCGCCUUCUGUGCCUUUACCCAUUUCAGCUCCUUCCACAAAUUUGGUUGACCUUCUUCCUCCCAAGCUGGAUAAAAAUGAAGUAGAACAUUCUGCUUCUGCUUCUCAUGUUGCCCCCUUAGCUCAAUCUUUAAACAGCACCUCAAGGACCGGAGUUCCUCAUCCUUUGUCUGAAGACGAUGAAUCUGAACCUGACCUUGGAAGCCCUCCACUCUUGAUCCAGGAGAGUCCUGACCUCCAGAGAUCGUUGUCUCCCAAGUUUCCACGCAGACAUAGGAGAUCUAGCGACUUGCAGCCCCCAUCUCCGUCGUCUCCAACUUUGCCUGUGAGCAACACCCAAGAAGGAGAGGCUGCUGCUGUAGGCCUAACUCCCUCUGUCACCCUUCAGACACCCCCACAGAGUGGCAGCAUCCCCACUUCUGUGAUGGAAAAAACUGACCCGCCUAAUAUGGAGCGAUACCCGGAGCACAUUAUCGAAGAGAGGGAUUCCCCUGAAAGCCCUGAGCCAGAAAUGCCUGCUUGCCCACCAGCUCCUGCCCAAGGCAGCACCAACGCUGCCAAUGCCUCCAGAUCUCUGCCCACUGCCCAGCCAGAUGAGAAAGAGCCAACAAAGCAGACAGAAGCGGAGUUUCCUGGCAAGGAUGAAACUGUGGAGAGUGAGGAAGGUGUACAAGAAUGCGGAAAUAAUUGCGACCCUCAUACUCAAAGCAGUGCUGAAAAAUCGGAGGAAGGAGCGAAAACAGACAUGGAACAACAAGAAACCUCAGAGCCAAAAGCUCUGGCUGUUGCUGCCGGGAAUAGCUUGGGCGCCUCCACAGCACCUUCUAGGCCACUCAAAGUUCGAAUCAAGGCCGUUAAGACACCUACAGGCAACAUCUCACGCACAGUUUCCAGAGCGGCAGCUAAAGGAGCUGCGGCCAGUGCGUCUAAGGGCUCUGACAGCUCUAAGAUUCAGCUAGGGGGCCGUAAGAUUGUCAACAGGUCUAAGAGAUCUGCUCCCGCUACAUCGGGACAUCCUGCAGUGCUGCCUGUGUCAACGUUGGAAGACGCAAGCACAGCCAUGUUGUUCGCAGCUAGCAAGGUACAGAAAGUGGCUGCUACCUUAUCAUUCUCUAGUGUCACAAAAGCAUCAACCCUGCCUUCUGGUUCAUCCCCAUCCAUGUCUUCCUCUGCCUCGGGCAUCAAUGUCCGGUCCUUGGGUUUGAAAACAGUUUACAGCUCGGCGCCUUCCGCCAAAGCGGCGUCCAUUGUGAACAGUUCAGGAGCUGUGAUCUCCCGCAGCCAGUCCAGCCUGGUGGAGGCUUUCAACAAGAUCCUCAACAGCAAGAACCCACUGCCCAGCUAUCAGCCGGACCUCUCCGUUCCACCACCUGCGGAAUGGGGUCUAGGAGUUCCUCCCACAGGUUACCGCUGCCUGGAGUGUGGCGAUGCUUUUGCCUUGGAGCGCAGCCUGGCUAGACACUACGACCGGCGAUCACUGCGAAUCGAGGUCACCUGUAAUCACUGCUCAAAGCGCUUGGCCUUCUUUAACAAGUGCAGCCUGCUGCUGCAUGCACGGGAGCACAAGGAGAAAGGGUUGGUCAUGCAGUGCUCUCAUCUGGUCAUGAGACCUGUCAGCAUGGAGCAGAUGAUUGGCCAGCAGGACACCGUGCCUAUAGGUGUGCUCUCCCCAUCUCUACUGGCUUGCUCGUCUUUACCUGCAGCUAAAGAGGAAACCUCUGGCCAGCCUGGAAUCUUUGAUAAAAGGUGCCCGGAGUGCAAAAGUCCAUUCAGCUCUAUAGAAGAGCUAGCUACACACUUCCAGGAAGUUGAUCCCAGUGGCUCAGACACAAGCUGUAUGCAGUGUUCUCCUCCGAUGCCUCUGUGGAACUCCUGCAGUGCUGCUGCUCACCAGCGGAUUCACCAGAAGCUGCCCCCUCUCGUCUGUCCCGAGUGUGGCCUUGUCUUCCUGUCCAAAAACUUAAGCUCUCACGUGAGGCACACCUGCCUGCACUACACGCGGCAGCUCGGAUACAGGUGUGCCUGUUGUCAGCUGGUGUUUGGAGGUGUGAACAGUUUGAAUGCAGUGAAAAAUCACAUGCAGACAGCUCAUUGUGAAGUCUUCCAUAAAUGCCCUGCCUGCCCCAUGGCCUUCAAAUCUGCCCCCAGCGCUGAAGUCCACUCUACGGCCCAGCACCCCUCUCUCACAGGCGCGGCCAAACAGUCCAAGGAGAUCUACAAAUGCGUCUUGUGUCAGACGGUUUUUACCCAGAAGGCUCUGCUCAACGUCCAUUUUGACACUCAUUUGGCAAAGCAGAAGGUUCAUGUGUUUAAAUGUCCUGACUGCAACAAGCUGUUCACUCAGAGAGGUUCACUCCUGGCACAUGUGAAGGCUUCUCACAGAAACCUGAGCGAUGUAUCAGCUCAGAAAAGCAUGGUGAAGAUGGAGAGCUCCGAUGGGGAGGAGUGGAGGAGAGAAGAGGAGGAAGCUGGGGAGAGAGAUGGAGAUCCAGGAGAGAAUGAGCACUUUACUAUGCCCAGCGUCCAAACGUGGAGCUGCUCAGAAUGUCAGAUACGCUACACCGAUAAAGACAGCUAUAUCGCCCAUAUGGCCAAACAGCAUGGAAAGGAGCUGAAGAGGUUUCCCUGCACUCUCUGCGAAGGCUCGUUCUCUUCCUCCUCGAGUCUGAGACGGCACAUGAGGAUCAAACACAAAGGCAUCAAACGAUCUUUCCAGUGCCAGCUGUGUCCCCAAGGCAGAAAGACGUUCAGCAGUAAGCUGAUCCUAGAGAAACAUAUGCAAAUUCAUCACAAAGGACAAAGAGGAGCAACCGCUCAGAGACAGGUGCGUUCUCGUUUGACUGAUCCUGCUGACAGCUCAUCCGAGCAGGACAGUGCCCUCAGCGCUGUGACCGUAGGCUCUGCAGAAGAGGACGAGGGUCGCCGGAAUGGCAGGGCAGGUUCCGUUCCGGGCCGGGAGGGGGAUGGUUUCCGCUGCACGCCAUGCGGCUUGGUGUGCGAGGAUAAGGAGGAGUUCCUACAGCACAUCCAGAGUCACCGUGGCGGUGAAGGCGGAGCCUUUCAGUGUCAGCUAUGCGGGGCUUGUUUUGCCUCAAGCCCCUCACUUAGUCGCCAUCACUUCAUCAGCCACCGCAUGCGUGAAACUAAGCACGCUCGCACGCCCAGGGGCCACGGAGACAAUCACCACGGUAAUGUGAGCCCUGCCCCCACUGACCCUUGUCCAGGGUCACCGUCUCAGGCGGAGGAAGGAGAAGGCAAGCUGAUCUGCAAAGUGUGCGGACGUCAUUUCAGCAAGGCCGCCGACCUCAGCACACACUUCAGAACUCAUGGCAUGGCCUUCAUCACCGCCUACAAAACGGACAAGCCGGCUUGAGACGGAUCGGAGGGAUUACAGAAGCCGUUGAUACUGUAGUUUUAAAUGUGAAGUCCUACUGAGCUCGUGUUUAAAGCGAUAGUUUGGGGGUAAAAAAUUAAAGCUGCACAAUUUUUCUCUCACGCAGAAUCAUUUAGGCCUGCGCUCGGUGACAGUUAACCGACCUACCAUGGUGACACUAACAUUUACGACUAGUUUAAAAAAAAAAAAAUAUAUUGAUUUAUUAAUUGAUAUCUUGCAAAUCAGAGUAGGACACUAAUGUUCACAUGAACUUAGUGUUGAUAACCUUGUUCUAGAAACUAGCAGGCAGAUAUCAUCCCCGCAAAAAGCCAUUCAAGGAGGGUUGGGGGGUGUCUGCUGUCUUACAACUGGACAUCAGACAAAAAGGCAUCAGGUUGAGCAGCCACAGAUGGAUGUCUUAAAACGGUAAAGUUCGUGAUACCAUUCUUCAUUACUAGAUUACAGUUUUGUGGCCACAGUAAAGAUGACCACAUACUACAUCCACAACUUUUACUCGAUUAAACCUCAACUUUCAAGCCGUUGCUGUGUUCCCUAUCUGCGGCAGUGCUAGGAACCAUCACAAAGUUACCAGAAAUGGUGUGAACACUGUGUAAAUAAAAAAAAAUCAAAAGGUACAGCAAAGAUAAGGAAAUGUCACCCAACCCUGAACAAGGAAAAACUGUUUACUGCAGUUAUUUUCCACUCGGUUACCCAAAUAAGAGGGUUCUGUUACCAGCGCAGGCCUGCAGUCGCAAAGACAUUCAGCUGUACACUGUCGCUACGAGGCUAAUGUAGCUAACAAGUAGUAGAAGCUUAUAGGCCACCAGAUAGCAUAGUGUAAAGCGCAUGCCUCAAUUAUCACAUGCCUGCCUCAGUCCACAUUGAGUUGUGAAGUAAAUUCAGACUUGAUUAUGUGGUUUAUAACACUGUCUGAACUAUAAAACUGACAAUAGUAAAGACAACGUUCUGCUACACUCUUAAAAACCGAUGGUUCUUCUAUGGUUCUUUAGUAAAGAAAAUGGUUCUACAUAGAACCAU